AAAUGUCACAAGCAUUUCACGAAGAUGGCAGUGGAACACCGAAGUGUUUUUGGUCGUUGUAUAAAAGCUCGGUCGCAGGUUGUUCCAGAAACAGAACUUCACCAGCAGUUCUUUUGUUGUAUCGGAUCUGUUUCUGUCCUUCCUAUCGCAAAAUGAAAUUGGCGUUAGUGUUCUUGAUGGCCCUGGUGGUUAUUUCUCAGCAGUUUUACCUUCGUCAGCCAUACUCUCGGACGUUCUGGCUUUCGCCCUAUCCAUCACAAGAUUUGAUCGGUCAUUACCAGCCGCUAGUAAUGCCACUGCCUGAAAAUUUAGGCGUGAUUUCAAAAGGUAUCCAAAAUGACAAGAAUCAAUUUCCGGAUGCUCAAUCAAGAAUCAGAGGUUUUGGUAAUAAGCAGCCGUCAUCGUCAAAUAACGAACCGGCGCAACGCUUUCUACUUGGUGGUAGUUUCGGAAACAAUGGCUACACGAGCAAUGGAAACGUGCGCUACCCAUUUUUGAACACUUACACUACGACGACUACAAGUACAAGCACUGUAGUUACCUUAUCGACCAGCACAGUCAUGAGUACAUCCACCACGUCCACCACCAGCACCAGCACGGCUGUUAUAACUGCAACAGCCACUUUGUCUCUAACGUCCGUGGUGAAAUGCGUUCCACAGUUCCAGGUGGCGGCAGGAGCGGGUUCUUGUGGCCGGAAGAAGAGAUCAACUCAUGAUUCCGAAAACGAGUCUCAAUUUGCCAUUAAUCCGUCCGAAACGCUAAAAGUGAUACCAACGGCUCUUCCGUCCGAAUCGACUCUUCUACGAGAAAUAAGAGAAUUAGGUCUAACGAACGAUGAGCGCGAAGUUAUUGGAAAUUUACAUUCGUCUAAAACAGAAGUUUACCUCGAUGAGACGCCAGAAGAGGAACAGAAAACUAUCAGAGAGAAAAGAUUUUUUCUUCUUAACAGGAACUAUUUCUUCACGUCGACAUCGACGACUACAUCGACUUCUACCAUAGUAGUUCCGGUAACAUCAGUGAUGCAGUCGGUCACCACAGUGACUGCAUCUACUACGACGACACUCAGUUCGUUCGUCUUUUCAAACUCGACCGUUACACAAACAAUUAACCUGAUAACCCCAGUUCCAGCAGCUCAAUGUGUUCCGGCAGCCGUUGCGCCCAUAGUGAAUUGCCUUUCUUGUUUGCCAACUGGCUACGUUCUCUGCGCUGCCACUGGCUAAGCAUCUUGGUUCAUGGCACGGGCGUUAUCAAGAAAUGCAACUAAGUUCGACUGACUCGAACUAAGUGCGAGUUGGUGAAGUUCAAGCUGACUUAGCAAUGUAGAAGUAGUGUGUACCUCAGCUUGUUCUUUUCUUCUAACAUUACUCCUUCUUUCAGGCUUUUCUGAUUACGUACCAUUUCAAUCCGCCUUGUAAUCUGGUUGAUGUUUAUUAGUGAAAUAUAAUAUUAGAAGCAUCAA